GGCGGUCGAUGUUCGUGGAAGUUUGACAAAAUCGUAUAAAACUGAAAGGACAGGACUGAUAAAGACGAAUGAUUUCAGUGGGAACACAGGCUCAACCAGUGACAUUUCGGCGAUAUGUCGUCUAAGGAUAGGAAGGACACCAGAGAUGACCGAGAGUAUCGGGAAAGAGAUCGGGACAGGGAGAGGAGAAGAUCUCGCUCUCGGUCAAGGGACCGCGAUCGCAGGGACAGGCACCGAGAUGACAAGAAGACUCGGGAGAGAGAUCGUGACAAAGACAGAGAGCGGGACAGAGAUCGAGAGCGCGACAGGGACCGCUACCGAUCACGACGUGACAGAUCCCGGUCACCUAACAACAGGAAGCAAAGAGCAAAAAGGGAAAGACAAGAUGAGGAGGAUGAAGACGACGAGAAAGUUGAGAAGAAGCAACCGGUAUCCUUGGAGGAGAUGCUUGCCAAGAAGGCAGCAGAGCAAGAAGCUCAAUCCAAGCCGAAGUUUCUGACCAAGGAGGAGCGAACCCAGCUGGCCCUACAGAAGAGGAAAGCAGAAGUAGAUGCCAAGCGGCAAGCUCAGGAAGAAGCACGGAAGAAACAGCUGGAAUUCCUGAAGAAUUCUCAGCUAGCAAGUGACCCGAGAGAACGCGAAAGGAUGGAACGGCGGGAGAGACGAGAACGGAGAGAGCGGGAGGACGACCAGUCCAAGGGGCGAGAGCGGGAGGAAGAGAAGGAGAAACAGGCCAUCAAGGAUCGAUACCUUGGAGUUGUUAAGAAGAAGCGACGCAUUCGGCGACUGAACGACCGGAAAUUCGUCUUCGAUUGGGACGCAGGGGAAGACACAUCAGUGGACUUCAAUCCGAUCUACAAGGAGAAGCACGAGGCUCAGUUGUUUGGGCGGGGCCACAUCGGAGGCAUCGACAUCAAGCAACAGAAGAAGGAGGCGCGAUUCUACUCGGAGCUCCUGGAGAAGCGACGAACCGGAAAGCAGAAGGAGCAGGAAAGGUCGCGACUGAAGAAGGAAGACAAGAAGGAGCAGAAGCAGAAGUGGGACGACCGGCACUGGAAGGACAAGAAGCUGGCCGAGAUGACAGAGCGGGACUGGCGCAUCUUCCGGGAGGACUACAACAUCAGCACCAAGGGGGGCCGCAUCCCCACCCCGCUACGCUCCUGGGAUGAGUGCGAUGGCAUCCCAUCCAACAUCAGCGCCGUCAUCAAGAGUUUGAAUUACAAGGAACCCACGCCCAUUCAGCGGCAGGCCAUUCCUAUUGGACUGAUGAACCGUGAUAUCAUUGGCGUUGCCGAGACCGGCAGCGGCAAAACAGCUGCCUUCCUGAUCCCUCUCCUCGUGUGGAUUACCACGCUGCCUAAAAUCCAGCGGGAAGAAGACGUGGACCAGGGGCCCUACGCAAUCAUCUUGGCUCCCACCCGUGAGCUGGCCCAGCAGAUUGAGGAGGAGACGCUGCGCUUCGGCCAACCGCUAGGCAUCCGCUCCGUCUCCAUCAUCGGAGGCAUCUCCAGGGAGGACCAGGGCUUCAAGUUGAGGAAGGGAUGCGAGGUCGUCAUAGCGACCCCCGGCCGUCUUAUCGACGUGCUUGAGAAUCGCUAUCUGGUGCUCAACCAGUGUACGUAUGUCGUCUUGGACGAGGCUGAUCGAAUGAUUGACAUGGGCUUUGAGCCGGACGUCCAGAAAAUUCUGGAGUACCUACCAGUGACCAAUCAGAAGCCAGACACCGAAGAUGCCGAAGAUACCGAAGUCCUGCUCGCAAAUUUUGCCACCAAGCACAAAUUCCGACAGACCGUGAUGUUCACCGCCACCAUGCCUACCGCCGUGGAGCGUGUAGCGCGAUCCUACCUGCGCCGUCCGGCAGUCGUCUACAUCGGUUCAGUCGGUAAACCCGUGGAAAAGGUCCAACAAGUUGUCUACAUGGUCUCUAACCAAGAAAAGAGGCACCAGCUGGUACAGAUUCUGGAGAAGGGUUACGAGCCGCCCAUCAUGAUCUUCGUCAACCAGAAGAAGGGAUGCGACGUGCUGGCCAAGUCACUCGAGAAGAUGGGAUACAAUGCUGUCACCCUCCACGGAGGCAAGAGCCAGGAACAGCGAGAGUACGCCUUGGCCAGUCUCAAGACGGGCGUCAAGGACAUCCUGGUGGCCACGGACGUGGCCGGUCGGGGUAUCGACGUCCGCGACGUGUCCAUCGUCAUCAACUUUGACAUGGCCAAGAACAUUGAAGAUUACACCCAUCGCAUCGGGCGUACGGGCCGCGCGGGCAAGACAGGCACGGCGAUCACGUUCCUGACGCCGGACGACAGCGACGUCUACUACGACCUGAAGCAGCUGCUGCUGUCCAGCCCCGUCUCCUCCUGUCCCCCCGAGCUGGCCAGCCACCCCGAUGCCCAGAACAAGCCGGGCACCGUCAUGAACAGGAAGAAGCGACAGGAGGAGACCAUCUUCGCCAACUGAGCAGGCUUGUGGUUUCAGUUUUGGGCGAGGGGUCGGUGGUGUUUUUUUUUCAAAAUUGCCAGGUCAAACGCUGAAUGACACAAAGUCGUCACUACCUUGUAGUUUUCCUUGUCCUCAGUAUAAAUUUGUAAGCAAAUAUCCCCAAACCAAGUAGAUGUGGGUAAUUUUGAUAUUUGACAAUGCCUUUAUUCCCCCCCCCCGUAAUGGAAGAGUGGAUUUCCCAAAUGUGAAGUUGCCAUUUUGGUUUUCCUUCAGAAUCCCAACUUCCCCUGGUUCCCCGUAGUCAGUUUCAAUAGCUUCGAUAUUAUUAAAUACAGUUGAAUGUCGAGGGACACCAGUUACACUCUUGUUGUUCUUCAGUUAUUCAUACAUGUGGCUGUCCGUUAUCUGAGGGGAUUUAUCUCAACUUGGAAUAAACCCUUCAAUUGGAGUAACGCUGGCAUUCCCUAUUAAACGAACAAGUAAAAACAUUUACACUUGUUUCUGAUUCAUACAAUUUAUUCAGUUUAGAACUGACAGUCUAUGUAGUCCAUCUCAUAUCCCUGUAUUGGAAAUUAGAGUAUUUACACUAAAGGUACUUUUCCAAGAAUUUCUAAAAUUUUGGAAAGUUUCAUUUUUGUCCACAGCUGAAAACAAAUUGUUGAAGAAAAAGAAACAACUGGAUAAGCUAAGAGAGUGGGAACAUCACACAAAAGAUCACUCCUCAAAAGUAUGGACAAUGGCAUCAAAUGUUCAAAGCAGGAAAAGGUUUCACAUUUUCCAACACAAAGAAAGUGCAUUGAUAUGAUAAACUUACGGUUCAUGUUUCUCUCUAUAAAGCUGCUAAUAAAAUCUAUUUUUACUAAAUAAAUUUCAUAGGUAUACAUUUUUUUCAUAAUACAAUUAAAUUUGAUAUUUUGAUUUCCUAGAUCCAGUACUUUUUUCUCAUAAAUGCUCACCUCUUUAAAUUGUAUUAAACACGGAGACCAACAUCUGCUAAAUAUGCGUUGGGUUUCACCCUUUUUCCCAAAUCUUGGCCUCUUCUCAAAGCUGUGCACUCAUUUUCAGACAUUUACUGUCGGAGCCAAAUAAAUGUACUCAAAGCUCUGGCUUCCAGCCAGACAAUGCCUCCAACUCGGGCCGGCUCAAAGCUCACAAAACCAACAUUUGGACACCACCCCCCAUUGUACCCACAGCAAAGAAAGUGGCACCACAGUGUACCAUUAAUUCAGGCAUGCAAUUUUUUCUCGGCUCAGCGGAUUUCCUUGUUUUCCACUUCACGCUCAUGCCGAUGAAAAUUGAAAAAAGCCGUACAAAGUCUUGUAAAGAUUGGAAUUUCCUUGUGUUUUGUCCAAGUCCAAGUUACAUGCCUGUAGAUUAUAGCAAGGUCUUGCGACAGCAUGAUGGUAUCUAUGUGGUGUAACUUAAUUACAGUGAGAGAUUAUUGCAGCUCCGCAGUGUUACAUUAGAGACCCUGACCGGACGGGUUACACUCUGUCAACUUCCCCAAACAAGAAAAUGUUGUAAAGAGUGAACGAGCACCAGUUGUAAAAGUUGUAAAUACGUGCCCACUUAAACAUGGUAAUCCGGACGGAAAGAUAGCUAUGACAGUGGUGGUGUUGUUUUUCAUUGUAUUGGUGAAGAAAAUGGUUCAUUAAUGUA